AACGUCAUCAAACGUGGACAUUAGGAUAUAGGAUUAACCCUGGAAACUCGAAAAAAUCUCGUGGCGGUGAUGGCGAGCUCCCAGAGAAGGCGACGGCUGAAAGCUGAGUGAGACUCGGCAGCUGGAACACAGAUCAUUUUGAAUUCCUGGUAGGACACCUGAGGAUUUGGCGUCUUGCAGAAAGAAGUAAGAGGACCACCAUUCACCAUUCACACAGAACUCUGCCACUUUUUUGUGUUCUGUCAAAUUCAUGGACCAAAACAAGCUGUGGAACUGUCUCGUGCAAUUCAUCUGAAUCUGGUAGAAAAGCCCUGGUUUAUAAUUUCUAACUUUUACUUGAAACUGAUGCCAUAUUUGCUGUAUAUGUUUGCUUUUGCCCAAUGAAAAAAAAAGAAGCUUGGUUACAAAAUUGGCCAAUCAGAUACCACGUGAUUUCUCCGAAACCCACUCAAGGAUUUUACCUGAUGUGGCCACAAGGGGCGCUGUAUAGUGAGUACAGACUUCUUGUUGUUUUUCAGCUCAUAAUUGAAUUUAAUGGGAAAAAAUACACAACAUAAUCUAUACUUUACACAUUACUUCAAAUUACGUCUAAAAUAAACCAUAUCCGCCUUUCUGUCAAGACACAGAGAACUGCAAACUCACUGUCAGCGUUCCCUGGUAGUAAGUGACGUCAUGUGCGAGCUAUAUUUUCAUUGGCUUAGCUCACAUUUACUGUCAUGUCAUGUUUGCUAGUCAAGCUAGUGUUGUUACUUUGUCUUUCUCUGCAAGAUUAAACCUAACGUCUUUUUAUUCUGCACUUGUGACAGCUGAUUAUGGACUUACUUUUCUUCUUUAUUCUGGCUGUGGAAAUACACAGCGUGGCGCCCGAGAUUCACACAGUGAAGUAUUUUGACACAGUGUCCUCUCAAGCGCCGAACUUCCCAGAUUAUGUGGUGGUUGGUUAUGUCGAUGAUGUUGAGGUAUUUCACUAUGACAGCAACAGCAGGAAAGCGGAAGCCAAACAGGACUGGAUGAACAAAAUCACAGCAGAGGAUCCACAUUACUGGGAGAGCCACACAGAGAUUGGUCUUCGCCAUGAGCAUGUGUUCAAAGACUACAUUGAAGUUUAUAAGAAGCGCUUCAACCAAACUGGAGGUGUUCACAUUCUGCAGAAGAUGCUCGGCUGUGAAUGGAAUGAUGAGACCAACGACGUUAAAGGUUGGGAACAGUACGCCUAUGAUGGCGAAGACUUCAUAUCAUUGGACACGAAGACAUGGACAUAUACCGCAGCAAAACCACAAGCUGUCCCCACCAAACAUGAGUGGGACCAUAACAUAGCUCGACUAGACUACACUAAGUAUUACCACACUGAACGUUGUCCUGACUACUUGAAGAAGUAUGUGAACUUUGGGAGGAGCGUCCUAAUGAGAACAGAGCUUCCAGAGGUGUCUCUGCUCCAGAAGACACCGUCCUCUCCGGUCAGCUGCUUUGCGACAGGUUUCUACCCCGACAGAGCAGACUUGUUUUGGAGGAAAGACGGCGAGGAGCUCCACGAGGACGUGGAAUAUGGAGAGAUACUUCCCAACCAUGAUGGAACCUUCCAGAUGUCAGCGGACCUGAAAGUGGAGGUGACGGCUGACGUGGAGGGCAAGUAUGAAUGUGUGUUUCAGUUAUCUGGUGUCAAGGAGGAUAUGAUCACCAAGCUGGAGAGAAGAAGCAUCCUGAGCAACGCAAGCAAUAAAGAUUACUUUAUUGCCGCUGUCACCGCCACGAUUGUGGUCCUUGCAGCAGUGGUUCUCCUGGCGGCCAUCAUCAUUGUCAAGCGUCACAAGAACAGACAAGCCAAUUACAAUCCAGCUGAUUCCUGCGCUUCUGGGUGAAGCUACAAGACGCAGCUGCGGCCAAUUUUUAUUUUUUUUUGUCAGCACCACCAUUUAGUACCAUAGCAGCUGCAGGGAAAUGUUGGAUUAUUGCUUGGCUGUAAUUUUGUACUUUUUGGUCCUCCUCUAUUAAAUGUUAUAUUUUUGUAAUCACCACCUACCGCCUUCUCUGAAAAUACAUUCCUGGGGAUCAUAACAGACGAAAAAAUGAGUUGGAAAUCUCAUAUUAAAAAUAUACAACAAAAGGUGGCGAGAAAUACUUCCAUAUUGCAUAAAGCAAAACUUGUUCUUGAUAAAAAAUGACUCCACACUCUUUACUGUUCUUUGGUAUUAUCAUAGCUGACGUAUUGUGUGGAGAUAUAGGGUAAUAAUUAUAAAAUCAAUCUUCACUCACUCACUGUACUGUAAAAAAGAUCUGUGAGGAUCAUUCAUAAUGCCAAGUAUAGAGAACAUAAAAACCCUUUAUUUUUAAAAUCACAGAUAUUAAAAUUUGCAGAUUUAGUAAAUUUUCAAACUGCUAAAAUAAUGCAUGAAGUUAACAAUAACUUGUUACCCAAAAACCUCAUACAGUAUUUCUCGAUAAGAGAGGAGAAAUAUGAUCUUAGAGGAAAAUUAAACUUAAAACAUUUAUACGCAAGAACUACGCUGAAAACCCACAGCAUUUCUGGAUGUGGAAUUAAAUUAUGGAACGGAUUGAGUAAGGAACUCAAACAAUGUACCAAGACGAGUGAAUUCAAAAAACAAUACAAGCAGUUGAUGUUUGCUAAAUACAAGGCAGAAGAGUCUUGGUUAUUAUACUUAUUGUUGUGUCAUGCUUGUUUUUAUAUUGUUUUUAUUAUUUAUUUAUUAUUACACUGAUUAUUAUAUGGAGUAAUAUGACAUGGAAUGCAGGAAGUGAAUAAUAUGUACUGUACAAGAUGCGAAAUGGAUGGGGGGUACGAUUAAAUAAGCUUAGCUUCUUCCUACUCCUUUUGGACAUGUGGAACUGUGAAAUGAUUCAUGAGAUGAAUUCCAUUGUAACCUUCAUGCAUGUUCAAAUCAAAUCAAACCAAAUCUCUGCAUCCCGGGGUCCACAUUCAGUGUGCACAUUUAUCAAGAAUGUAUUCAUGUCAGGAAGUAGAAGAGCAGCACUCUGCUUCUUGACAUAUUUGACACUCAAAGCAUGGAUUCUCUCUCCUCUUGAGGUGCCACCGUAACGCUACAUUGGUUCGCCUCUCCUCCCCAACCCUCCUGUGUAGUUUGACAUUGACAUUCUCCUCCAAUUUUGGAUCAUCACUUGUGUGACUGUGACUGUUACAACACAAAGAUUAGUUCCAGCUCCAGUAACCCUCCAGCUGCCCGGCUCUAUUUGUCAUUGUUGGCUCGCAAUGAAAGAGACAAGCUAGCAAGCCCUAAAAUUAAAGGCAUUUCUAAAUUGUGAAAUGUAUAGGUACUCACCACUAAUGAAUGCUAAUGAAAGAAGGUUAACAGAACACAUGGAGUCCAAGUCACGACCUGUUGUUGGGCUACAUCCACCUCCCUCCAAAGCUAGUGGUGGUACGCUGCUCCACAUGCCGCUGGGUCAUCCCGGCUAGCAGUCCGAGAUAAUGCAGGCGAUCAUCCAACGCUGUGUCUACAUAAACCACACUGCUUGCUUAUCGUCAUUCCAGUACGCAUCAAAUGUCUUCACUGUUGGCAAGAUGUUGACAAAGCCUUUCAUUGUUAUGAAAUGCAAGCGUCAACCUAGUUUUGUGAUGGAAUCCUUGAAGAGUGGUGAAAAAUCAUGAAACAAAAAGAUCAUGAGGACAUAAAUAUGAAUGUCUAUCCACUGAUCUGUGUUAUAAAUGUAUUUGUAUCAUUUUUCACGUUUUUAAGUAAAACCCGCUGAGUUUUCGCAUUUCCUGAUUAAAUACAGGCCAGAAACCAAUGCACAAUCACUCACAAACUGGCUUGUGUGGCUCAUGACCGUUUAAUGUAAGUGUAUGACGUCAUUACGUAUUCUUUCUCAUCGGACAGUUAAAGCGUAGGUGUAAAUCUGACUCCAAAGGAGUCAUUGCCUCCCCGCAUGUCGCUGCUAUUGUGGUACUGUACCUACUUGGAGGUCAUUUUGGUUACUUUUGUGUUGCAACAUUUGUUUGAGUAUUUUAUUUCCUCUUUUUUCACAAGGAUCAGAAGUUAUUUUUAAGUCCGGCAAGUUGCAGUAUUCCAGUGUUAUAAAGUACUGGCCGAAGUAAGCACUACAGAAGCCAAUGUUAUAAAUUCAAACAGAAAUAAGUUGCCAGGUGGGUUGCAUGACCAGCCUUGCUCAAGGUAGGUAAACCCCGUGCCACAACCAAGUGCUAAAAUGCCUAGCUGCUGAAGUUGAGAACAAGAGGGUAACCACCAAGGCCAUGUCCCUAAAAACCCAGACUACCUUCCAGCUAACAGCAUUCAUUCAGGAAGGAGAGAAGCAGCGGACCAACCCAUCUCCACCAGACUCGUGCUCACUGGAUUCGACGGGGCAAUUCAGAUUGACCAAAUUGGUCAGAAGCUCAACUUUUCACCUGAAAUCGCAGUGACCAACCUGUGCCCAGUGCUCGUCUGGACUAAAUCCUGCCAGCAGGUCUUCAUUGCUAAUAGUCCCAUGGGAGGGGGCCAUCUGAAGGUAAAUGUGCGCCCGGAGGAGGUGGGCUGCAGGGUCUUGUAGCCAGUUCCACAACAAGGCUCUUAAAAGAGGUCAGCAUCAGAGGGCGCAACGGAAGACCAUAAAGCAGCUCGCCAGUGUUUGGGCCCCCAGUGAGACAUACCCAGGCCCAGGCCUCAUUAGCCAGCCUCAAGUGAAGGUGUCUGGUGAGAAAGCACCCAAUGAGUCCGGGGCACACAAGUGAUGGUGUGGUGCGCUGCUGGUACCAGGCAGUCACCUCUCAAUGUCCCAAUGCAACCCCACCCAGAGAACAUCGACAGCAUCAUAACUUUGCUGGUUAUCAUAGGAUUGCAACAUCCAGUCCUAGCAAGCAAUUUCACCAGAAUAAAAGUUAUACUUCUACCAAAAAAGAACAUUUUUAUGAGAAAAUACAGCAGUUUUAUGAGAAGAUCACAUGAAGGAUUCAGAGCCAUAAACAUUCAAUUCUUCUUAUACUAUGAUUUAUUUGAUUCUACGCUCAAUUCAUUCUUAUACUAUGAUCUAUUUUACUCUAUGUUGUAAAUAUUUGCACUUUUUUUCCCUAUAUUUUUUUAUAUUUACAUACAUGUCUGCACAGGAGAAGGAACUGCUUUAAACCUCAUUGCACAUGUGUAUAGUGACAAUAAAAGCCAUUCUAGUCUAUUCUGUUCUACAGUAUUUGCAAACUCAGCUAUUGUGUUGCAAGUUUGUCUUUUCCAGCCAUUUAAAACCAUUAUUGUUUUUAUUACGUGCACCAGAGCACGUCCGCCAGAGCAUUUCAAAACAACUCUCAUGAAAUAUCAGCCCCCCCCAGAAAAUAAUUAACCGCAAUUAGCAUUUGGUGACAAUUAUGAAAAAAGUCCCUUCUCACAGGAAAUGUGUGGCUGACAUUGAGCUGGGAAAGUAAAAUAAGCAUCAAUGAACUCGGUAGUUAAGAAUGUAAAAGAUCAUUUCCUUGUAUGCAAGAGCAACACCCUGACUCAUCUUGAACUCUUGAACUGCAGGCUCAUGCUGUAAAUUUAAUUGUUGAAAAAAAAAAAAGUUAUACAUUAUUGGGGAGCAGUGCAUGAUUUUAGCUGUUUGAAAAUGUACCAGAUCAUAACAUUUCAAUAUUUACAAUUUGCAAAUUUGCCUUCUAUGACUCUGUGGUGGCCUCAGCCAUCUUCUAUGCUGUGGGCUGCUGGAGAGGGGGCAGCACGGACAGGGACAGGAGCAGGAUAAAUAAACUGAUCAGGAGAGCGAGCUCUGUCCUGGACGGUCCUUUGGACUCCGUGGAGGAAGUGGGGGAGAGAAGGAUGUUGGCUAAGCUGACAUCCAUCAUGGACAACACCUCUCACCCGCUACAUGACACUGUUGUUUCCCUGAGCAGCUCCUUCAGCAGCAGACUGUUACACCCACGGU